AAAGAAACCGUACAACAAAAGUAGGUGCACAAAACAAAGUUUGUUUACAUCCAUUUUGUCAUUCCACGUAGAGAGAGGUUCGAUAUCAAGCCACCAAAAAUGUUAUCAGCAAUGAUUAAGGAUCACCAGGCUCGACAGGCUGCCAAAAAGGAGGAACAAGAGCGACGUCGAAAGGAGGCAAUCCUGUCUGCGAACGAACUAACUCAGAAUCUUGUCGACCACCUUAAUGUGGGCGUUGCUCAAGCCUACCUGAACCAGAAGCGGCUCGAUGCGGAAGCCAAGCAGCUGCACGUAGGUGCGACGAAUUUUGCGAAGCAAACCCAGCAGUGGCUGACGCUCAUCGAGAAUUUUAAUGGAUCGCUGAAGGAAAUUGGCGAUGUCGAAAACUGGGCCAAAACCAUCGAGAACGAUAUGAACGUCAUUACGACUGCACUGGAGAUUGCUUAUAAAACGAGUCGUGAAAAGUAGAUUAGUUAUUGGGAGUGUGGUUGAGGAACUUCUUCAAAGUGAUUUUAUUUAUUUUACAAUAUAUCUUUUAAACCAAAAAAA